AAUUGAUUUACAGAUACCCACAAAUUGAUCACUCAAUUCCAGUCACAGACAUGGAAACUGCGUGUUACAACUGACUUACUGAUUACGACUUUAAUCUAUGCAUGCAUUGAUUCAACAGUAGUUACGAAUUGCGAUGACUAGAAAAACUCCACCCGGAAUUGUACUCAUAAGAAGAAUCAGAGGUAAAGAUUGGAGUUUGAAAACAUAUAGGUACGUUAUUCUGUUGGUUACUUUUAUUGCAUAUGCAUGUUAUCAUGCUUCGAGAAAGCCUAACAGUAUUGUUAAGAGUGUUCUGGCUCCAGACCAUAAGAAGAUUCAUGGAUUAAAUCCAUGGCCAAUGGGGGAAUUUUUUGUAAACGAGGAAUUAGAAGGAAAGAGAGAUCAGGGUUGGGAGCCAUUUAAUGGGAAAGAUGGGACUUAUAAACUAGGAGAGAUUGAUGUUGCUUUCCUUGCUUGCUAUUCUAUGGGGAUGUUUGUAGCAGGUCAUCUAGGUGAUUCUUUGGAUCUUCGUUUGUUCUUGACUACUGGAAUGAUUGGAAGUGGUAUAUUUGUUGGACUUUUCGGUAUGGGUUAUAUCUGGAAUAUCCACGAAUUCUGGUUUUACUUAGUUAUGCAGAUGUUUGCUGGUUUAUUUCAGGCAACUGGUUGGCCAUCUGUUGUUGCUGUUAUAGGUAAUUGGUUUGGGAAGAGGAAACGAGGAUUGAUAAUGGGGAUUUGGAAUGCACAUACCUCUGUUGGGAAUAUCACAGGAUCUCUUCUUGCUGCUAGUGUUUUGGAAUAUGGAUGGGGAUGGUCUUUUAUACUUCCUGGAGCUUUGAUUGUUGUAGGAGGUAUAUUGGUGUACUUAUUAUUGGCUGCUUAUCCAGAGGAUGUUGGAUUUCCUAGCCCACAUGGUUUUCCUUCAACUGCAAGUGCAGAAACAUUUCCUAUAGAUGAAGAAGCUAGGCCGGGGAAACAAAACACUAGUACUCAUGAUGGUGAACCGACGGGGCUUGGUUCUGGGAAUAAGAAAAGCAUAGGGCUUGUUGAAGCUUGUCUCAUACCGGGAGUGAUACCUUUUGCAUUAUGCCUCUUCUUCUCAAAGCUCGUGGCUUACACUUUCUUGUAUUGGUUGCCGUUUUAUCUAAGCCAGACAGAUAUUGGUGGAGAAUAUAUAUCAGUUAAAUCUGCUGGAAAUCUUUCAACUCUGUUUGACGUUGGGGGUAUUGUUGGCGGGAUUUUAGCUGGAUACAUAUCUGAUAAACUGAAAGCUCGAGCUACAACAGCAGCCAGUUUCAUGUAUGCUGCAAUCCCAGCAAUGCUUUUAUAUCGCACAUUUGGAAGCGUAUCUAAAACUGUUAACAUUAUUCUCAUGAUGGUUUCUGGCUUAUUUGUGAAUGGUCCUUAUGCACUUAUUACAACAGCAGUCUCUGCAGAUCUUGGCACACAUAGCUCAAUUAAAGGGAAUACUAGAGCUUUGGCUACUGUUACUGCAAUUAUCGAUGGCACUGGUUCUGUUGGCGCUGCUUUAGGACCUCUUCUUACUGGAUAUCUUUCUACCAAAGGAUGGGACACUGUUUUUGUCAUGCUUAUGCUGUGUGCCCUUGUUGCUGGCCUCCUUUUAUCACGUUUGGUGAUUGUUGAACUUAGUGAGAAGUUUCGGGAGGCAUCGUCGUGUAAUGGUCAUCAUGUUCUUGGAGACUCCACCACGACGGAUCCCCUUCUGAGCGGAGGAAGGUGAUCAUGUUGGUUUAGUUUAUAUCUUCAAAGAGUUUGUUCUUAGUGAGUUCACUUCAAGAGGGGAUGGUGGCUUCCUAAUGUAAGUGAUUAAGUUGUACAAAUUCUCAAUUUUCAAAUAAUGGUUUAUUUUUUGUAAUGUUAUCAUGUUUAAAUAUAUGUUAUUGUUUUGUGUGUGGUUUGUAAAGUGUUACUAUUGAAUCUUUUAACAGUGAAUUUUCAAUUAUUUGUGUCAUUGUA